AUGGUGACGCUCCUGCACUACCGUCUCAAGGUCACCUUGAACGACGGCCGUCAGCUCGUUGGCCAGAUGCUCGCGUACGACAAGCACAUGAACUUCGUGCUGGCCGAGUGUGAGGAGUUCAGGACGAUCAAGGGAAAGAAGACCAAGGAGCACGCGGCCGGUGAGCCCACUCCUACCGUGCAGCAGAAGCGCACGCUCGGCCUUGUCAUCCUGCGCGGCGAGACCAUCGUCAGCGUGUCCGUCGAGGGCCCUCCGCCCUCGGCGCCCGACGGACCCGGUAUCGCCGCUGGUCCCGGUCGCGGUGUGCCCGCUGGCCGUGGCAUGCCCCUCGGCGGCGGCGCCGCCCAGCCUCCUGCCAUGGCCGCCCGUCCCAUGCCCUAUGCUCGCCCACCACCUGGCUUCCCCGCCGGCAUGCCCCCAGGCUUCCCCGGCGCAGUGCCCCCCGGCAUGCCCCCUCCCGGCAUGCUUCCUCCUGGUAUGCCUCCUGGAUUCCGCCCGCCCGCCGCUGGCGGCUUCUCGGCCUCGCAGAUGCCUCCGGGAUUCCCCGCCCGCCCACCGCAAUAA